AUGGGAGACACCAGCGAGCGCAGCCAGACUCCGAGCCUGCCGCCGCGCUGCCCCUGCGGCUUUUGGGGCUCCAGCGAGACCAUGAACCUCUGCUCCAAAUGUUUCGCCGACAUCCAGAAGAAGCCGCCCGGAGACGACUGUGCCUCCGAGCACAUCCCAAGCAGCGGCAGCCCGUCGCCCGUCUUCACUAGUGAGACCAGCGGCCCGUCGCUAACGUCGUCCGCCGCCAGCGCCAGUGAGCCGCCCUCCACCGCACCUCCCUCAAUCUCCAGCUCCAGAGAGGUACGCCACUCAAGAAACAACAUGUGGAUCCACCUGUACCAUUCAGUCUGCUGCUCCUCUCCCACAGACACCACUCACCUCUCAGGCUGCACGUCCACGAAACGACCUCGGGAGUCGGAUGUGGAGAGUGAAAGGCCGCCACUGAAGCUGCGAUGCAGGGAGGAGCCUGCGGGGGGCAGCGAGGAGCUGCCACACACAGCGAAGCAGAAGAACCGCCGGCGCUGUUUCCGCUGCCAGACCAAACUGGAGCUGGUCCAGCAGGAGCUGGGCUCGUGUCGCUGUGGCUACGUCUUCUGCCUGCUGCACCGUCUGCCCGAGCAGCACGACUGCCUGUUCGACCACCUGGGCCGCGGCCGCCAGGAGGCGGUGAUGAAGAUGGUCAAGCUGGAGCGCAAGGUGGGCCGCUCCUGCCAGCGAAUCGGAGAGGAGUGCUCCUGA